UUCGAUUUCACCAAUGACUAUUGGAAGGCAGAGUCUCUGAAGGCAAUAAGGAUUCCUCCUUCUAUAAAUCCAGUGUAAACUGACUUCAACGAUCUUGUGCUUCCAUCUACCUAUUAACCAUGAAGAAUUAUAUUCGCUUUCUCUUUUGGUUGGGGACCCUAGCCCUGACAGAGACCUGGGUAGGCUCUCUCUCCCUGAGGAAUUUCUACACCGCCGUGUCCCAGCCGGAGCUCGGGGAGCCGCGGUUCAUCGCCGUGGGCUACAUGGACGAUCAGCAAUUUGUGCGCUUCGACAGCGACAGCGCGAGUCUGAGGAUGGAGUCGCGGGCGCCGUGGAUGGACAAGAUGGACCAGGUGGAUCCGGACUAUUGGGAAUGGGAGACGCGGAACAUGAGGGAGCACGCACAGGAUGCCCGAGUGAGCCUGCAGAACCAGCGCCGCUACUACAGCCAGAGCGAGGGCGGGGUUCACACAGUCCAGUUCAUGUACGGCUGCGAGGUUUCCCCCGACCUCACCUUCAAGCGCAGGUUUGAACAAAAUGCCUAUGACGGGCACGACUACAUCGCCCUGGACACAGAGACUUACACGUGGACUGCAGCGGUGCCCGAGGCUGUGAAUACCAAGCGCAAGUGGGAGGCCAAGAAGAGCAUCAUGGAAGGAGAGAAAGUCUAUCUGGAGGAGGAGUGUGUGCAAUGGGUGCACAAGUACCUGGAGAACGGGAAGGAGGAUCUGAAGAGGACAGAUCCCCCUUCUGCUCGAGUGACCCCUCACACUGCCCCCGAUGGGGAGGUGACCCUGCGGUGCCGGGUCCAGGACUUUUACCCUGCGGAGAUCUCUCUGACUUGGCUGAGGGAUGGGGAGGAACAGCUCCAGAACAUGGAGUUCAUUGAGACCAGGCCAGCAGGAGAUGGGACCUUCCAGAAGUGGGCCGCUUUGGGGAUCACCUCGGGCCAGGAAGGGAAAUAUACCUGCCGAGUUCAGCACGAGGGACCUCCUGAGCCCCUCACUGUAAAAUGGGAGCCACAGUCCUCAUCCACCUGGAUCAUUGUGGGGAGCAUUGCUGUUGUCCUCAGUGCAGUCAUUGCUGGAGUUGUGAUCUGCCAGAACAGGAAUUCAGGUAGAAAAGGAGGGGACUAUGUUCAGGCUGCAGACAGUGACAGUGCACAGGGCCUCUCUUGCAGCCAAAGCAUUGGCUUCUAUGAUCAUCAUUGUACUCUACUGGCCAAUGACCCAUUUCCUGUCUUGCCUAUCUGACUUCUUGUACCUCCAGAUCACAACUCGUAGGGAAGCAUCAUUAGUGCCCUCACCCUGUUCUCUAAGGCCUCCCACCCCUGCCUUCUUCC